UUGUGCCCUUUACAAUCAUGGCGGCCGCGGGAGGCGUUUGGGCGGAAGUGCCUUUCUCGUUUGGCGUGGCGCCCCUCAGACUCAAGGCACGGCUUCAGGAAGUCGCGGAAAUGGAAAUAGGAAGAAAGAAAGGGAAGAGGGAAGCGGAAGAAGGAAGGAAAAAGCUUCCCUGAGGGGGAGGAAGGGGAGGGGGAGGAAGGGGAGGGCCGGAAGUGGCUUCAGGAGCGGAAGAGAAAGCAAAAGGGACCCAGAAAGGGCUCCAGAGGCCUCAGGAAAGGAAGUGACACUGGAAGGAGAGAAAGAGAGGCACAGAAAUGCCCUCAAAAGUGAAAAGGAAAGGAAAGGGAGGCAAGGAAGGGGCCUCCAAAAUGAUGAAGAAGGGAAUGGACACAGAAAUGGCUUCAGAUGGGAAGAGGAAAGGAACUGGAGGCAAGGAAGUGGCCUCAGGAAGAAAAAUCAAAGGAAAUGGGACGGAAAUGGCCUCAGGAGUGUUUGGGAAAGGAAAUGGAGGCACAGAAAUGGCCGCAGAAGCGAAAGGCAAAGGAAUUGGGACAGGAAUGGCCUCAGAAGUGAUUGAUAAAGGACUUGGAGGCACAGAAAUGACCUCAGGAGUGAAGAGGAAAGGAAUUGGGACAGAAAUGGCCUCAGAAGUGAAAGGAAAAAGAAUUGGAGGCAAGGAAGUGGCCUCAGAAAGGAAGGGCAAAGGAAUUGGGACAGAAAUGGCCUCAGAAGUGAUUGAUAAAGGAGUUGGAAGCACAGAAAUUGCCUCAAAAGUGAAGGGCAAAGGAGUUGGAAGCACGGAAAAGGCUUCAGGAGUGAAGGGCAAAGGAAUUGGGACAGAAAUGGCCUCAGAAGUGAAAGUAAAAAGAAAUGGAGGCAAGGAAGUGGCCUCCAAAGUGAUGGGAAGAGAAACCGACACAGAAAUGGCUUCAGAUGGGAAGAAGAAAGGAACUGGAGGCAAGGAAGUGGCCUCAGGGGCGAAGGGCAAAGGAAUUGGGACAGAAAUGGCCUCAGCAGUGAUUGAUAAAGGAAUUGGAGGCACAGAAACGGCUUCAAAAGUGAAGGGUGGACGAUUUGGAGGCACAGAAAUGACCUCAGGAGUAAAGAGCAAAGUAAUUGAUACAGAAAUGGCCUCAGAAGUGAUUGAUACAGGACUUGGAAGCACAGAAAUGGCUUCAGCAACGAAGGGCAGAGGAAUUGGAGGCAGAGAAAUGGACUCAGGAAUGGAGGACAAAGGAAUGGACACAGAAAUGUCUUCCGAAAUGAAGGGCAGAGGAACCGACACAGAAAUGGCUCCAAGAGUGAAGGGCAGAGUAAUCAGAGGCACAGAAAUGGACUCAAGAAUGGAGGACAAAGGAACUGACAGAGAAAUGACUUCAGGAGUGAAGGGCAGAGGAAUCGGAGGCAGAGAAAUGGACUCAGGAAUGGAGAACAAAGGAACGGACACAGAAAUAUCUUCCAAAAUGAAGGGCAGAAGAAUCAGAGGCACAGAAAUGGAAUCAGGAAUGGAGGACAAAGGAACGGACACAGAAAUGUCUUCCGAAAUGAAGGGCAGAGGAACUGACACAGAAAUGGCUUCAGGAGUGGAGGGCAGAGGAAUUGGGGCCCCAGAAACAGGGGCCGCAGAAGGGGCCCCUUCAACGCUGGGCUCCUGGAUCCCGAGGACUUUUCGGCAAGUGCAGAACAUGCCUCAGCUGCGGCUCUCCCUCCCGGACGCCCAACCUGUGACCGUCCUGGCUGUGGAGCGCUACGUGGCCGAAUUGCCACCACCGAGCCAGACUUGCAAGUCCCCCGCGACCGGACCCUCGCAGGCGGCUCCCUGGCCGGCCUACUACUACGACCUCACCUUGAGUGACGGGGCCUACAAGGAGCGGUGCCACCUCUGCCCCGCACUGAACCCUCUGGUGCAGAAGAAUGCCCUGCGCUGCGGCCUGCAAGUGAAGGUCACCAAAUGUUCCUACAUGCACAAUGAGAAGAAGCUAGGCUGUGGGUUCCUGUGUGUCGAGGGGCUCGAAAUCCUCGGGGCGUCGGACUCGGAGGACACGCUUCAGGAGCUGAAGGAAUACAACGAGAAGCUCCCGGUGCCGUUGAAAGGGGUGAAGAAGCAUUACCUUCCUUUGUGGAAUAGCGAAGAUCCGUACGGGGAGAUGUGGGUGGCAAGGAAGCCCUCGCAAGAGGUUUGUGUUGAUGUAUCCAAGGUAACUUCCCUCGUACAACUGGAACAGAACUGGAGGAUCAGACUCAAUUUCCCGCCUUUGCUCGUUAGGAUCAUGCACAAAGCGAGGUUACGGUUUUACGGGAAACCUGAAACGAAACUCGAUGUGCCAUAUCAGGCCUAUUUUGAAGUGGCUGAUCGUUCUGGGAUGAUGUCCAUGGUGCUGUGGAACUCUUUAUGCCCCGAGUGGUACCACAGCCUGAAGAUCGGCGCAGUGCUGCUCCUGGAACAAUAUGCCAUCAAGUCCAGCUACCCUUUCAAAACACAGGCCGCUCCUGGAGACUCGCGCAUGGAGAGAUUCUCUUCGAUUGAAAUCAGUUUGAAUGUCCGAGACCCUCCAACGAAGAUUAGCCUCAUUCCUGAAGAUCAAGUUAAAGCCGAGUGGAAGCUGCCUGAAGUUAAAUAUCGAUUUAUAGAAAGGUCCGAAUUAGACAGCGUACCAGAUAAUCACUGCUGUGAUAUUACUGGACUUGUGCAAUAUGUCGGAAGGACUCAACGCACGAGGAAAAGGGAACACGGAGAGGAUUUUUGGAUGAGUCGCUGUGUGCACGUGAUCGAUGGGACCUCAGAGCAGCCCUUCGUCUUGGAGUUGUUUGCUACAUCUCAGCCAGAGAUAUUUGAACAAAUUCACCCAAUGACAUACUUGGUAUGUACACAGAUGCGGGUGAUACGAGAUACAGCGGAGAAUGGCUCCUCGACAGUUUACCUGACAACUAGUAAUGAAAGUCAGAUAUUUAUCACAGGAUGGCACAGAGGGCAGCCCUAUACCAAAGAUCCCAAAGUGAAGAACUUCAUCCAAUGGAUCAAAACGCAGGAGGAAGCUUCUCACAUGGAGAGAAUGUCCAUGGGUGGAUAUUACCCUUUCCCACCAGUCCCAGACACUUUUUCAAAGUAUUGCAAAAAUAUUCAAGUUGAAUCCAUUUUGACAACAAUCAGCGAAAUGGAGAAGGAGAUUGAAAGCCUGCACUACAGGGAGCACAAGCGCCUUGCUUUUCAGGGGAUCAUUAGCGCCGUGAGAUACGUCAGCUGUAGCGAGGCAUCAUCUCGAGAGGCCUCCGGAGUGGAGCCAGGGCAGAGCAUUGAGACGUCAUCUUCACAGACCUCUGUGACAGACAGUGACCACGUGAAGGAAGGAAGUACGAGGCAUCGUCAAACUGGGAAAAGCACCUCUGCGCAGAGCUCUUCGUGUGUGCAGCAGCAGGAACACGUGGAAACCAGGAGGCAGCAGGCCAAGAGAAAGAUGGCAGCUGUGGAGACAAGAGAGCCUUCUCCCACACCUUCUCCGCAUCCUUGUUGCACGAGAUCAGGAGCCAAGAAAAUCAUGUUACAAAAACAUUCAAAGGAAACGUCAUUUGAAAUGAAUGAAAGUCAAGGAGUGAAGGAAGGAGCCACACCGCCCUUUCAAAAUAGCGAAGAAAUAGCCAGUGUGCCUGGAAGAGUUCAAGCAGAGAGGACGUGCCGUAAUUCCUGGGAAAGCGCUCUCUGGGCAGCAGUAAAAGACAACUUAACACAACAUUUAAACUACAGCAGUGUUUUCCCAGAAAGCUUCCCUUGCAAAUUUAAUUACGCACACAAAGAAUUCCUUAUGCGGCAAUACAAUCUUCAGCCCGGCAGAUGCAAACCUAACGAGUGUGCGACAAAUGAAGAAGCAGGUACCUUCGAAAAGGCCUGUCCUCUUGAAUAUUAUGAAGUGGCCAUUCUUGGGAUAAAUCACGACAUCGCUGUAAAUGUGGCUUUCCUUCCCGUAUGUUCUGAAGACUCCCAUUUAUGCCGUGGAAAAGGCACAUCCAGUUCUGUAGUGUUGACUCACCCAAGUGGUACUUCAUCCCAGCAGGAGAGGAUUGACAGUGAAGGGCCUUCUGAAAUAUUUCCGCUUGCAGUAGAUGUAGUAGUCAAAGCCACCGCUGACCUGGAGAAACAACAUGUCAUCUGCAUCCUGGACAUCUGUUCUUUAGGCGAAGAUAAAGUUGAGGUCUUUCUGAACAGAGUGUACGACGUUACCGACGUCAACGUAGCAAGCCAAGCAUACCUGAUGAACGAUGCGGCGUCUGUACACUGAAGAGGAAUUAGCGUGUAUCACUGCAUUUUUUUUCGAGGAAAGCUUUGAUCCUUAGCCAGCAACGUUGCAAAAGGAAGUCCCUGAUCAUGGGCACCGAGGAAGGUGCGUUUCUGUAAAAAGGUACAUUGCCGAGUUGCUAAUCAUGACACUUUUCUGUGAGCGUUGGGUUGUAAGAGAGGUCAAUCGCUGUUCUCUGUGAAUAAAUCUUUGCACAGGUGGGGGAACAAA